GGACGAGCGGCGGGACGCGGCGAGCUGCCCCAGCCGCCCCCGCGCCCCAGCCCGCCAGACACAGCCCGCAGCGGCCCAGCUCCCUCCGCCGCGCCCUCACCUCACGGCACGCCCUAGGGCGGGCGGGCGAGACCAGCGCCGGCGGGAAGCCCCGCGACGCCCCGUGCGCAUCGGCUGAGCCCGGGCCCCGGCCUACCGGGGUCGCGGUUCAAACGCGCUCCCGGCAACCGCCGCCGCAGAGGCCGUCGGGAAGCGGCGCGGCACUACGGCGUCCGGGGCGGGCCGCGCUCUCGGCCGCUCGCAGCUGCCGCCUGCUGCGGGCGCCAUGGGCUGGGAGGAAAAGCAGGUCCGCGGGUACAGCGAGUUUGUGCAGACAGCGCAGCGCUACCACGGCCGGCCCAUCUUCGCGCUCUUCUGCGGCGACAAAGAUGCCGAGGGCAGGAGCUGGUGCCCGGACUGCGUGACGGCUGAACCAGUUGUGAGGAAGGAACUUCAUAACAUGCCUGAUGAGUCUGUGUUCAUCUACUGCCUAGUAGGAGACAGAGCCUACUGGAAAGAUCCUAACAAUGAAUUCAGGAAGAAUCUGAAACUAACAGGAGUGCCUACACUACUUAAAUAUGGAACACCUCAGAAGCUGGUUGAAGAAGAAUGUUUUAAAGCAGAGCUUGUGCGUAUGUUGUUUACUGAAGACUAAAUCCUCCAGUAGCCAAUCAUUUACAAAGAUGUUCAUCUCAUUAUUUUCAUUGUCCUUUCAAGGAAUCCUUUCCUGUCAUGCCCUCCUAUCCCUCCCCCCCCGCCACAACGACCAUGGUUAAUUAAUUCCAAUUAGUUGAGGUAAAUGUCAUUAUAUUCUAAGUUCAAAUCUUCCACUAAAGUCUUGCAACAAAAAAAUGUAUCUUUCUUGUUGAAAUAAACUUGAAUUUGCAAGCA